CACCAAUACUUGACGCCAGUUCCAGGCAUAGAGCCAAGCCAGCUGCACAAGACACGAUAACAGCAGAGAACCGGUCAGUGCGUGGAACUCCGACAUGUGGAAGCUACUUCCUCUCAUAUCAAUCAGCAUUGCUAAUGCUAAAAACACCUUUCUUAUCCUUGCCCCUAAGACCAUCAGCCCCUCUACAACCCUGCGUCUGGGGGUUAACUCCCUAAACGCCAGUCAGGACCUGACUGUGACAGCACGUAUACAGGCAAAGGAGUGGAACAAUUACCCCUACGAGCACUAUGAACGUAUCUACGUCGACCAUGCCAACAGCACAAACACAAUUCUCGGAGGUGCCGCAGGUAUCGUGAAAGUCAAGAUUCCCCAGGAUCUGAAGUAUGCCAACUACAUCCUAAAGGUCCAGGUAGAGACGAGCUCUGGAGAGGAACACAGCAACAUGUACAACCUGCAGUACUACGGCAAGUACCUGUCAACCUUCAUCCAGACAGACAAGGCCAUUUACAAACCUGGAUCUAUGGUCAACUUCCGUACAUUUGCUGUGUACCCUGACCUUCUCACCUAUACUGGAAAUAUGACAAUCGAGAUAUUUGAUCCCGUCAACAACAAACUGAUGCUGAAAACGAAUGUCACGGAUCCUACUGGCGUUAUCACUAUGUCCUUUAAACUCAGUGUCAUGCCCAUCCUCGGAGAUUGGAAGAUCAGGGUUACAGUACCCAACAGCCAAAUGGAAGAAAAGAAAUUCCAGGUAUCCAACUAUUUCCUUCCACGCUUUGAGGUAACAGUGGAUGUUCCAAGUUUUGCUCUGGUAACAGAUCGAGACAUUAAGGGCAAAGUUUCUGCAAAGUAUACCUUCGGCGAGGGAGUGUCAGGCGUCGCCGAAAUUCACGCUAAGAUGGCCGGAGGUUAUUCUGGAUCCUGUGCCUCUGAGCAACCGAAGAUCAUCAUGACUUUCCCAAUUGACGGAGAAAGUAAGUUCACGAUCCCAAUGGUGGAAGUUGAGCACCUCAACUCUUACCUCAAUGGUCAGACACUGGAGAUACAGGCCACUGUCACAGAGACGUUGACCAGCAAGAAACUAAGUGGUUCCUCGACUGUGACCUUCUAUACCAACGCGGUGAAGCUAACCUACCUGGACUACAGUGAUCACAACUUUAAGCCUGGUCUCGAAUACACUGGCACGGUGAAAGUCUCCCUACAAAACGAUCUGCCACUCCCAACCCCACGGAAGAAUGUGACCAUCUUCCCGUGUGUAACCUACCGUGUUAAAGUCCCGAACCAGAGCCGCUACCACAGUUGCGACUCCAACUUCCAGGGGACUUAUGGUCUUGAUGAACAGACAUUUCCAGUUCCAGCAGAUGGUCUUGUGGACGUCACACUUACAAUUCCAGAGGAUGCUGUGUCGGUGACGAUAACGGCUUUUUAUGAGGAGACAUCAACGUCAUGGACAAUAAAGAAAGCCUACUCCCCCUCUGAUUCCUUCCUACAGCUCUACCUCCACAACACAAAACUCACGUCUGGAGAAAAUGCCAACAUCCUCAUCAAGUCCACACAACCGCUCGAUACAGUCUGGUACGAGGUUAUCUCCCGUGGAUCCUUUGUUACUGCCGGGUAUCUAGAUGGUGGUAUGGAGAAGAGCUUCAACUUCACUCUACCUGUCACACCCAAGAUGGCGCCUCAUGCUCGCGUUCUUGUCUACUACAUUCUUGAUGAUGGUGAGGUCAUUGCAGACAGUACAAAUUUCGAUGUGCAGGGACUCUUCACCAACAAGGUGACAUUCGGCUUUAGCAGGAACGAAUCGCAGCCCCAUGAGACUGUUGAUGUCAAAGUCUCAGCUGAUCCACAGUCAUUGGUCAGUUUACUCGUUGUUGACCAAUCAGUGACCCUCCUGGCCAGUGGAAAUGACAUCACAAGUGAUAUGGUGGAGACUGAGUUAAAAUACUAUGACAACCGUGGCACGACCAAUACUUAUGCGGGAGAGACAGACGCCAGUCAGGUCUUCAAGGAUGUCAGUGUUUAUAUCUUCACUGAUGCAAAUGUUCCAAAAAAUCCUGGCGGAAUUGCUUAUGGCCAUAUAGCAGGUCUCACGUAUCCGCCCUCUCUUGGACCGACAGCCCCCACGUACACUUACGCAGCAGCAACAUCUUAUCUUGGCCCAACAGCUUGGCCAAUAGCCUACACUCCUUAUCCAGGAGCAACACCUUACCCUGGCCCAACAGCUUUACCGUUUGGUGGCUACACUGGUUAUCCAACAGCUUCACCCCCCCAAGGACUAUCAAAUUAUCCAACACCAACAGGUCAGCCCUUAAAGCAGGUAGAGCGAGUGAGGAAAUUCUUCCCAGAGACAUGGCUCUGGACAAACACUACUAUUGGUUCGAAUGGCAUUGCAACCAUAUCUGCAACUGUUCCUGACACUAUAACGUCAUGGUUGGCAACAGCAUUCGCAGUUAAUCCUGUGUCCGGUUUAGGAGUUACAGCAUCAUCAUCGAAGAUGAAGGUUUUCCGUCCAUUUUUUGUGAGUGUUGAUGUCCCAAUGUCUGUCAUCCGCGGUGAGCAAGUUGUGGUUCAGGCCAGCGUCUUCAACUAUCUGCAGACCGAUCUCGAUGUGAUGGUGACAAUGAAGAAAUCCAAUGACUAUGACAACAUCCACUUUGACUCCACAAGUGCUAGUCUCAAGGCUUUCUCUGCAGAUCAAGUUAAGACAGUUCGAGUGGCUUCUGGUGUAUCGGUGACAGUAGACUUUCCCAUUGUCCCAACCACCCUGGGACGACUUGACAUUCAAGUAUCUGCCCGAUCAACUGCAGCAGCCGAUGCAGUACAGAGACAAAUCAAAGUUGAGCCCGAGGGUAUCAGAAAGGAGACUAACUUCCCCGUCACCAUUGAUCUUCUGUCUGGAAACACCUACAACAAAACUUUAUCCAUCCCUCUGCCAAACUACAUUGUUAAAGACUCACAGAAAGCCAGGGUCAGGGCUUUUGGGGACGUGGUGAGCCCCAGUCUCGACGGCCUGGACAGUCUUCUGAAGAUGCCCACUGGCUGUGGAGAACAGAACAUGAUGGGCCUUGCCCCAGAUGUCUACAUCUCAAACUACCUUGUCAGUGCUAAGAAAUUUGACGGGAAAAUUGAACAGAAAGUUAUUCCAUUCAUGGAGGAAGGGUUCCAGCGUGAGUUAAGCUAUCAACACAGUGACGGCUCCUACUCCAUCUGGGGGAACAGCGACUCCUACGGGAGCACCUGGCUGACAGCAUUUGUCGUGAAAACGUUCAUCCAGGCUCGUCAGUACAUCUACAUCGAUAACCGAAUCAUUGCCCGUGCUGCCACAUGGCUGAUAAGCAAGCAAAACACCAAUGGGGACUUCAGUGAGAAUGGUUAUGUGCACAGCUCCAGCAUACAGGGAGGAUCUGGACAUGGAUAUGCUCUGACAGCAUUUGUUCUGGAUGCUCUGCUUGAAGUCCGAGGGCUGGAAGGGGUGAACGCUUACAACCUGAACGACUCUUUGCUCCGCGCCAGUGCCUUCCUUGAGUUCAACAUUAUGAGAUUCGAUGAUGCCUACACUGUUGCAAUCGCUACCCACGCCCUAACCAAAGCAGGCAGCAUCUUUGCUGAAGAUGCUUUCAAGAAACUUGAACAUGUUUCUAAAACAAAAGAUGACAUGAUGUUCUGGGAAAGAUACAGUCACACUCCCUCCAGCUACUGGAGGCCAUUUCACCAAUAUGCUGACGCCAUCGACAUUGAGACUACAGGCUACGCUCUGAAGACAUAUGCGCUCCGGAAAGACUUUGUCAAAGGCCUGUCUAUCAUGAAAUGGCUCAUUUCCACCAGGAAUCCCAAUGGUGGCUUCGUAUCCACUCAGGAUACUGUUGUUGCUCUCGACUCUCUGUCUGCGUUUGCCACCGUCAUCAACUCGGAUUCCUUCAAAAUCAGCGCCGACAUCAGUUCUGGAAAAUUCAGCAAACAUUUUGACAUCAAUGCCAAGAACGCCCUUGACCUCCAAGCUACUGAUGCCAAUGAGUUCACCGGUACCUUCAACGUGAAAGCCCAAGGCCAUGGAGUCGGAUACCUUGAGAUUGCUUCGUUCUUCAACGUUGAGAAACCAGUAGAGGAGCAGUACUUUGAUAUCAGUCAGGACAUCGAGAUCGAGACACUGAACAUGUACACACUCAGGACCUGUGUCAGCUACAGCAAGGAGAGAACCAGUAACAUGGCUGUGGUCGAGAUCACAAUCCCAUCAGGCUUUGAACCGGAUAUGGAGUCAAUCUAUAUCAGCCGCAAACUACAGAGAUCCGAACUGCUGGGCAAAACUCUUGUCUUCUAUUUCAACCAGAUGGAUGCCAGUGAAACAUGCAUCAGAUUCACUGGAAGAAGGAAUGGCCCGGUUGCUAAGAUACAGGCGUCCCCUAUCCAUGCCUUUGACUACUACGAGCCAACACACCAGGGUGUUGCGUUCUACCGCUCCAAGACCCUGCAUGACGCAACUGUUUGUGACAUUUGCGCCAAAUGCUGCACACAGUCACACUAAACAACGUCACAACAUCUGGAAACACCGACGGUGAAACAAUUCUUUCAAACAAAGCAAUUGUUGACAACAAAUAAAUAUUCAAAUGCC